CAAAUUUGUAAUUUAUUAACAUUUUUCUCAACUCUUAUCAACUCAUUCAACGGUAUUCCUUUACAUCAUAAUUCAGAAUGUGUUUACGUGAAGACAGAAGAGGACACCUAUAGGUUUCAGUCGGAGGGCUAUAAAAACAUUUGUGGUCUGUAUGUCAUAUCAGAACCCGACUAUUUGGUUGAGUUUGAAUUUGAAGAUUUUGACGUGAGCUGUGCUAAUGGAGGCCUACUUAGUGUUGUCGACGGAUGGGAACUAAACGGACAGUUCUUUCCGGGAA